AUGUCCAGCGAAAUAAAAAGUCUGGAGAGUCUCCCCGGCCUCCGUGUCGAGCGCCAUGUCUCCUCCCCAACUUCUUCUGACUCCACUGUGGUAAGCUACACUAGGGACCUGNGGGAGGGUCCUGUCUUGUGGCUCGUUCAUGGCUACCCUCAAUCUGCAUACAUUUGGCGUCAUGUUAUUCCUCAACUGCAGGACAAAAUCUCUCUAUUCGUUCCUGAGGUGCGUGCAGCUCUUCUCCACUCCCUCCGCAUUUACCCGACCACUGCUGAUCCUGCCUCCGAAAAAGNNCUGCCGGGCUACGGACUGAGCACGCUCAAAGGAAAGGCCGGAGUCACCGCCGUCGGCGCCGCUCUGCUGCAAGCCUUCCGUGAGCUGUUCCCUAACCGUUCCAUCAUUCUAGCCGGUCAUGAUCGUGGUGCUCGAGUCUGUCAUCGCCUUGCUGUCUCCAAUGCUCAUCCACCUCAAGAUGACAUAGCCGACCUGCACUCGUACAAACUCCUUGGUACCGUACUGCUUGAUAUCGUGCCUACUCUGGUUCAGUGGCAGUCUUUCCAACAUCCCNUGGCUAGCGCUGCUUACUUUCACUGGCCUCUUCUGGCAUCCCCCAUCGCCGCAGACAUGAUCGAAGCCUUUGGCGCUGCCAAAUGGACACAUCUGGGAUUGGAUCGCAUCUGUGGCGACAAUGCCGAAGGCCGCAAGGCAAUGCAGUCCGACGAAGCCUGGGAAGUAUACAAGACUCUACUGUCCAAACGUGAAGCCAUCGAAGGUUCUUGCGCCGACUAUGCAAACGGCUGCUUUUCUGAACCUCCUCUCCAAGAAGCCGACCAGCGUGAGGGCCGCAAGAUCCAGAGUCCCGCCCUUGUCAUGUGGAGCAAGUACAGGUUAGGCAAGAUGCAUGGCGGUGAUCUCGGAUCCAUCUGGAAAGAGUGGGUGAAAGAUGCCUCCUUGCUGACUGCCGAAGGUGUAGGUGAUGAUGUUGGCCAUUAUCUUCCCGAGGAAGCAAGCACUGUCAUUGGCACAGCUAUCAAGGAGUUCGUCGACAAGGUCUCAAAGUGA